AUGCCGUCUUCCGACAACGAUGACGAUAUUGUCGCUAUCAAGAAGCCUCGAUUAAGCCAGGAAAUUACAAUCUCCGACGAUGAUAACUAUGUUAGCGAUGAUGGCGAAAAAGUUGAAGCGCCGCGGAUGGAAGUUCACAACGUUUCCGAUGAUGACGAUGAGAUUGCAAAAUACUCAUUAGAAAAGGAGAUUCUCACAAUUUCAGAUGACGAGCAACCAGAAUCCUCAAAUAAAUUCAAGUCCGCUGAGGAAGCCAUGAAGGAAUUCGCAGAAAUCACCGACACUGAUGAGAUUCUCGCGCAAUCUAUUCUUCAAGACGUCGAUUGGGAUCUUAAAAAGGCGCUGAACGUCUUCUACGGUUCCGAAUCCUUCAAAUCCAUUCGAUCGCAAGCCGUAGCUGGAGUUUCCGCGUCAAAAGCGGAAAGUUCAGCUCCAUUGAAUCGUGAAAGUCUAAAGGGCCUGGAGAUCAGCGUGAUGUCGUGGAAUAUCGAUGGCCUCGACGUCAGAAGCUUGACAACACGAAUGAAAGCAGUCGCGAAAAUUGUGAAGAUUGCAAAUCCUGAUUUUCUGUUCCUUCAAGAGGUCACCGAUCGCGGUUUGGAGCCCAUCGACAAGCUUCAAUCCCUUUAUCAGGUCUUUUAUUCAAAUAAAGGCUGCCAAUAUUACACCGCGAUUCUCGUGUCGAAAAAAUUCGAAGUCGGCAAACAUGACGUCAUCCACUAUCAGAAUUCGGGAAUGUACCGAACAUUGCAGAUUCUUGAAGGCUUCAUCGGCAACAUUAAAGUGUUUCUGCUCACCACUCACCUUGAAAGUAUGAAGGAGCACAGCGGGCAAAGGCGCGCUCAAUUCGCAUUCUGCAUGGACAAAAUCCGCGAGAUCAUCGCCGCCAAUCCCAAUUGUUUCCUGUUCUUCGGCGGCGAUUUGAAUCUUCGCGACGACGAGGUCUCCUCAAUUCCGGCCGGCGUUUCGGACGCGUGGAUCUCCGCCGGAAGCGACACGCGCACCAAAUUCACGUGGGACACACGCCUCAACGACAACAAGCGAGGAUUCGGCGCCCGAUUGCGCUUCGAUCGCCUCUAUUGGUACGCGCCGUUCAAAUUCCGCGUCAAGUUCAGUCUCGAGGGCCGGAAUCGCAUUCGCUCGUGCCUCUGCUUCCCAUCCGAUCAUUGGGCGAUUCAAUCCACAUUCGCCGUCUAG